AUGUCUGCGAUAGUAAACGUGGGACUUGUCGUCCUGGCAGCGGUGGUUCUUCGGCAGUGGCUGUUAAAUGAUUCUCAAACUUCUGCACAACUAGCCGAGACCCUGAACUCGUCCUAUGACUACAUUGUUGUUGGUGGGGGGUCAGCCGGAAGUGUGGUGGCAAGCCGUCUGUCAGAAGACCCGUAUGUGUCAGUCCUGCUGCUGGAGGCUGGAGAGUUUGAUGGAGAUCGUCCCCAAGUGUUCAUCCCUGGCCUAGCACUCUUGAACCUGAGGAGCAAUUUUGACUGGUGGUACAUGUCAGAACCUCAAGAUGGCGUCAUGACUGGGCUCAAAGGAGGCCGUUCCUAUUGGCCACGGGGUAAAAUCCUCGGAGGUUCCAGCAGUCUCAAUGCCAUGCAGUACGUGAGAGCUUCCCGACACGAUUAUGAUCGCUGGGCUGAGUACACCAAAGACGAGGGCUGGAGCUAUCAGCACGUCCUGCCUUACUUCAAGAAGUCUGAGGACAUCCAGAUCCCAGGACUACAGAAUUCACCAUAUCACGGUCAGGGCGGGCCCUUCACUAUCAACCACCUGAAAUCACAACCACUCAGCGCCAAGAUAAUCCAGGCCGGUCAGGCUGCAGGAUUUCCUUACAACGAGGACUACAAUGGAAGAACAAUGGAAGGCAUCUGCAAUUCUCAAGUGAACUCUUUAAAUGGUGAACGUAUGAGCACCGGUAGAGCAUUUAUUCAUCCAGUUCUGGGCAGACCUAACUUGGAUGUGGCAGUGCGAGCACAAGUUACAAAAAUUGUCAUCAAAAACAAGAAAGCAGUGGGUGUUGAAGUAAUAAAAGAUGGAAGGAAAUGUGUGGUUAACGCCAACAAAGAGAUCAUCCUGUCCGCAGGAGCUGUCAAUUCCCCACAGAUACUCAUGUUGUCUGGUAUCGGGCCCAAGAAACAUCUGGAAAGUUUAAAGAUCCCAGUAGUGGUAGAUCUUCCAGUUGGGCAGAAUCUUCAGGAUCAUAUGUUUUUCGACAUGGGUGUCAGGAUCAGAGAGCCUCUAACCUCUGCUUGGCAGGAUUUCAAGAACUGGUGGAGUCAGCAGCAGUUCAAGUGGUUUGGCACAGGUCCCCUGAGCUCCCCUUUCAAUCUAGAAGUGCUGGCUUUUAAAAGUACAACCAAGGAGACAAAAGAGAAGGACUGGCCUGACCUGGAGAUACAUUUUAUUGAGAUAAUGCCAAACAAUAUUCUUAUGGAUAUCUUUAACUACGCCGAAGAGACCAAGGCGGAACUAGCGGACAGAAACAGGGGAGACUACGGCUUCACUUGCCUGCCCUCCAUCAUGAGACCAGAGAGCAUCGGAAACAUCAGUCUAAAAUCUGCAGACCCGUUUGACUAUCCUCUGAUCUACGCUAACUAUCUAGCGGCCCAGGAAGAUAGAGAAGUUUUGAUACGAGGUAUUCAAGAGUGUAAGAAGAUUGUCAACGCUAAACCUCUGCAAGAUGUGGGCGCUGAGUUCACGGAGAAGGGACCAGAGUCCGCCUGCAAGCAGCACAGAUACGACUCUCACGAGUACUGGGAGUGUCUGGUUAAACACAGAGCUCUGACCAUCUACCACCCAAUCGGGACCUGUAAGAUGGGUCCAAAGGGGGAUCCAACGGCUGUGGUGGAUCCUGAGUUGAGAGUACAAGGGAUAUCCGGACUCCGUGUGGCCGACGCUUCCAUUAUGCCAUGGCUGGUCUCUGGUAACACAAACGCCCCUACAAUUAUGAUUGGUGAAAGGGCUGCUGACUUGAUUAAAGGGAAGAAGUUGCCACCACUAGAUUUAUAA